AUGCAGCCAAUUACAUCAUACAAUCCUGGCCGAGGAAUAACAGAUGAUAGAAGAUGGUCAAGUAUAUCAGUCGUUGCAAGACGAAGGCAUUCCAUAAAUAAAAGAAAUUCAUGGAAAACUAGACAGAAGAGAAGGACUUUUCCUCCUGCGACUCAAAACAAAGAAAGUGAUGGUUUAAAGCAAAAGAGGAAAAAGCGCAACGCUGGAUUAUCACUCUACUGGUUAGAUGGUAAUCCCAUAUUUCAACUACCGCCUACCAUGUCUAGUCAAUCGUCCUCGUUACCUGUUGCAGUAAAACCUCCCGUUCCCGAUAGAUUCUCUGCUAUCUGUGUUGAUCUUGAAGGGAAUACAACCAAAACUGUCUAUAGACGUUCGCGGCUAGAUGAAGUCACACUUGUCUAUGUUGAGGCUGGAUUGUUCUUGUUUGGGUUCCUAUUCUUCCCUUGCUGGUGGAUAGGUGCUCUCUUGUUUUUCAAGCAUCGUCACAUCUUUACAUAUUUAAAUAUUGCAUUUACUUGUAUAAGCUUGUGUCUUAUCGUUGUACUUGUCGUAUUGCUUGUUUGGCUAUCAAAGGAACCUGUUUUCAUAUUGUACAGAGUAAUCUAUCCAGAAAAGACAGAAUUACGGUGUAAAUUAUCCAUCUAA